AUGUCCCAAUCUCAAAAGAUUAGCCUGUACAAGCUAAAGUUCCGAAUAAUUUACUGAUCAGGAGAAGACCCUGAAUUCCCGGUUACAGAGCUACUAGAGAACAGCCCUCAGAGUAGAGGAUGGCUUAGUCCGAAAUUUUGUGAAUAUCCUCAGGAGAUAAUUAUCCAGUUCUCAAAUCCUUCGCGGUUGAGGCAAAUACAGUUCCUUUCACAUCAAUCAAAAAUAGCAUCAAAGAUAGAGCUGUUCACGUUUAUCCCCACUGGAGAGCAGGCGAUGACCUCACAGAUCCCUUUGAACGAGGUGAAGUUCAACAGGUUGGGCUAUCUCUCGCUUGAAUCAAAUGAGAAAUCAGGGUUCCAAGCACGUGAGUUAAAAAGUGUCUAUGUCGAUGCCUUCUCUCUAUUGCUCAAAGUAGUCCUUCACAAGUGCCAUGUGAACAAGUAUAAUCUCUACAACCAAGUUGGGCUUAUCGCCGUCAAUUGAAUGGGAGAGAUCAGCAAGGCGAAGGAAUCAGUUACCGAUAAAGACCUCCCAUCUUUUGAAGAUAUGAUGCAGCUUGAUGAAGUCAGCCUCGAACGAGUCAAAGAGCUUAAGAAAGCUAAAGAUAGAGCUAUUAAAAUGGAGGAUUAUGACGCAGCGAAGAAGUAUAAGCAGAUGAUAGAACGCCUCAAAAGUAUGGGAACACACCUUGCGCAACUUGAGGAAAGAAAGAAAAUUGCAAUAGAAAAUGAGGAUUUUGAUGCAGCAAAAAUCAUUAAGACUGAAAUUGAUAGACUCAGAGCAACAGCAGUUGAUCCAGCAUUUAAUCAUGGCCCUUAUUCUGAUCAACCUAAGCCAAGUGAGGCUAAAAGACCAUUCUCUGGUGGCCCAGAUGCUCCAAUGGCUGAACAAAUGCCACCUCCCAGAAAACCAAAAGGGAUGGGAAUGGGAAUUGAAGAAGGCAUGGAUAAAAUGGCAAUUAACGAUCCUCCUCCUAGAAAGGGCCCUGCUUUGCCACUUAAUAACAAAAAGGACUUAUUUGGACCAGGUCCUGGUAAACCUCCUGGCAAAGGACUAUCAUUUCCAGCUUCAGAUAAAUUUCAUGAAGAAGAAAAGAAAAUGGCAAUGCCAAUAGAACCACAAAUUCCUCAAAAUAUUGAUGACCAAGUUAUCCCAGCAGCAAGAGCAAAGGCAGCUCCAAAUGAAGGAGGAAUUAUUCCUGGAGAAGAAAAGCAGCAAACAGAAGCAGAAGAUAUCGUAGGGGAUAAUGUACGAAUUGCUCAACCUCUAAUCCCAACUUUCGGAGAAAGCACCAUCAAGAAACUCUUUUCAAAUAAUUGGGCUAACAGAGAGAAUGCCGUAAUUGAAGCUCUUGAUAUUUUUAACUCUAAUCCUGAUCCAGAUGCUGUAACCGCUGCUUUAGGAGUAGCUGCACAAGGAAUCAAAGAUAAAAUUGGACAAGUUGUUCUCAAGACUUGUGACUUAAUCAACAAUAUUCUGGCAGCAUACCAAGAGCCAGCUCCCUCAGAUGCAAAAUUCUAUAUUGAAGAAAUAGUGUCCAACAUUGCUAACAGAGUAGGAGAUAACAACGGGAGGAUAAGAGAGAAAGCCUUUGAAAUAGGAGUUGAGAUGGCAGCUCAUCCUAUGGCAGGCCAUAGCAUGAUGAUUACUCAAAUUACCAGGGCCCCUGCAGGGAAAAGGUCUGCAGCCCAAUCUGUGAGACAGCAAGCUGGGAAGUACAAGCUCUUGUAUGAAGUAUUGGUCAACACUCCUGUGACUAAGCCUACUGAGCAAAGAAGUGUUGCAACCUUCAGUGUCGCUGGAUUCAAGAACUCCAAUAAAGAAAUUAGAGAGAAUGCAUAUAAUUGUAUCAUCGAACUUUAUAGAGUAAUGGGAUCCUCCAUGAAAAAGUUCUUGGAUGAUCUCAGGCCAGCUCAAGUAGAGCUUCUAGAAAAAGGAUUCAACGAGGUUGAUGGAAUUGACCCAGACCAAGACUUUGGAGAAGCAGCUCCUAAGGUCACAGUUGAAACUAAUAUAACUCCAUUUGGAGCUAAAGAAGCAAAAUCCAAAGCCCAUGAUGCACCUGGAGAUGGAGAUUUAGAUAUGCUCGGAGAGUCACCAAGUAAAUUUGAAAGUAGCUUCAAAGCAGACAAUGACAAUAUGUGCCAGUUCUGAGGAAAAUAUGAACUUGGAUGGAAUCAAGAAGAACUUGAUAUGCAUUUCUGGAGUGAUUGUGCAAUGUUGACACCAUGAUUUGGUUGAAACCAAAUCUUAGAAAUAUCUGGAUUGAAUGAGCAUUUAUUAACUGAAUGAAAUAACAAAGAUAGUUUCCAGCAAUGCCCUAAAUGACAAGAGCCUAUCCCGAUUGAUGAUUAUGAUUAUCACGUUGAAGAAGGAUUAUGAAAUCCUGCUCAGGAUCCUAAUGAAGCAAACAGAUGUCCACUAUGUCAUGAUGACAUUUACCCAGCAGGAGAAGAUGGAUGGAAGCAACAUCUCCUUAUAGACACUUGUCCAAACAAUGAAAGGCAUCCUUAA